CGUUAUGGCCAGCACUAUUAAGGUGAACAGCGACUGGAGGCUUGUGGUGAGCUCAAGGGACUGAAUUUCCCUUGAACAUAUAUGCAAGGACUGCCGGAACAUAUGGUAGCCAUAUUUAGUGUCCUCGAGAACCCGACAACCAGAAUUCUCUUGCCUUUUCCGUAGGAGGCAUCGGAACAGGAGGCCUUGUCAGUUGUGAGCGAGGACCAGUCACUAUUUGAGUGUGCCUACGGAACGCCACACCUGGCUAAGACAGAGAUGACCGCAUCCUCUUCCAGUGACUAUGGCCAGACAUCCAAGAUGAGUCCCAGAGUCCCUCAGCAGGACUGGCUGUCUCAAACCCCAGCCAGGGUCACCAUCAAGAUGGAGUGCAACCCUAGUCAGGUGAACGGUUCCAGGAACUCACCUGAUGAGUGCAGUGUGAACAAAGGUGGGAAGAUGGUGGGCAGCCCGGAUACUGUGGGGAUGAGCUACGGCAGCUACAUGGAGGAGAAGCAUGUGCCGCCCCCCAAUAUGACCACAAAUGAGCGCAGAGUGAUCGUCCCUGCAGAUCCUACUCUGUGGAGCACAGACCAUGUCCGACAGUGGCUGGAGUGGGCAGUGAAAGAAUACGGCCUCCUGGAUGUGGACGUCUUACUAUUUCAGAAUAUCGACGGGAAGGAGCUGUGCAAGAUGACAAAGGAUGACUUCCAGCGGCUCACGCCGAGCUACAACGCCGAUAUUCUUCUCUCACAUCUCCACUACCUCAGAGAGACUCCCCUUCCACAUCUGACUUCCGACGACGUUGAUAAGGCUUUACAAAACUCUCCACGGUUAAUGCAUGCCAGAAACACAGGGGGUGCAGCUUUUAUUUUCCCAAAUACUUCCGUAUAUCCCGAAGCUACGCAAAGAAUUACAACUAGGCCAGAUUUACCUUAUGAGCCUCCCAGGAGAUCAGCCUGGACCGGCCACAGCCACCUCACCCCUCAGUCCAAAGCUGCUCAGCCGUCUCCCUCUGCAGUGCCCAAAACUGAAGACCAGCGUCCUCAGUUAGAUCCUUACCAGAUCCUGGGACCCACCAGUAGCCGCCUUGCUAAUCCAGGUAGUGGCCAGAUCCAGCUGUGGCAGUUCCUGCUCGAACUCCUGUCAGACAGCUCCAACUCCAACUGCAUCACCUGGGAAGGCACCAACGGGGAGUUCAAGAUGACAGACCCGGACGAGGUGGCUCGACGCUGGGGGGAGAGGAAGAGCAAGCCCAACAUGAACUAUGACAAGCUCAGCCGUGCCCUCCGCUACUACUACGACAAAAACAUCAUGACCAAGGUGCACGGGAAGCGCUAUGCCUACAAGUUUGACUUCCACGGGAUUGCCCAGGCCCUGCAGCCCCACCCUCCUGAGUCGUCCCUGUACAAGUAUCCCUCCGACCUGCCAUACAUGGGCUCCUAUCACGCCCACCCCCAGAAGAUGAACUUUGUGUCUCCCCACCCUCCAGCCCUCCCAGUCACAUCUUCCAGUUUCUUUGCUUCCCCGAACCCAUACUGGAAUUCACCAACUGGGGGCAUCUACCCGAACACUAGGCUCCCAGCCAGCCAUAUGCCCUCUCACCUGGGCACCUACUACUAGAGACCAGAUGGAGGCCUUUCCCAACAGUGUACAAUCGCCUAGCAGUCGCCACAAACUCAGAGAACACAAAUCAAAAGUGCCUCGUGAGGAAUGGAAACGGUUGGCCAGAGCUGGGGAAGGAAGCCGGGGGGAAAAAAAACCAAAGACUCGCAGGGGAGGGUGGGUGCCACCCAAGUAUUACUACAGAAAUAGAAGAAGCUCAAAAUAUACUGUACAUGGACAUAUAACCUGUGGUCCACCCUUGUCAAAGACAUUGUAUGUAGAAAAGCUUGACCAAUAAGAACAACUGCCCAAGGAAGUGGCCUUAAGUAGUGUACAAACUGUAGAGUGUGGGACCUUGCUUGACCUACCAGGAUUGAGUGAAAGCAAUAGAACAGGAACAGACUUGGCCUAACACACCAUGUAUGAUGUCAUUUGAAGGGAAACUACCUGUGUUUAAAAAUAGAAACCAUGUCAAAACCAAAGAAGAAGCAGACAAAAAAAGAUGGCGGGCCCCUCCACAGACCACAAUGGCUGUGGACUUUCUUGGCUGGUAUUUGCUUGUUUUCUUUGAAAUCAGAUUUGUUCCAUUUGAUAGAGAGCUGCCAGCUCUGUCAAACUGUGAAGAUGACCCAGGGUCUCAUCUCCUUUUCAGUAUUAUGGGAAAUGUGAGCCACAUGGUGGGUGGGAGCUGUGCAUGUUGUUGUGAGUAUGAGAUUGUAGGAGAGAAGCUGAAAUGGAGGAAGAAGUAGAGGAGGGGUUGGGGGAGGGAGUGAAGGAGGAGGGAGAGGAGAAGGGGGAGAGGUGGGGGGGGAGAGAAGGAGGAGGGAGAGGAGGAGGAAAAAGAGGAGGGAGAGGAAGGGGAGAGGUGGAGGGGGAGAGAAAGAGGAGGGAGAGGAGGAGGAAAAAGGAGGGAGAGGAAGGGGAGAGGUGGAGGGGGAGAGAAAGAGGAGGGAGAGGAAGGGGAGAGGAAGAGGAGUGGGAGAAGAGGAGGAGGGAGAGGAGGAGGAAGAGGGAGUAGAGGAGGAAAGGAAAGGAAUAGAAGGCAGCUGCUCAAGCCACCACAGCUGAAUUUAGGGCAUCUUGGGACCAAAGAGCAGGAGUCGAGAGAUGUUUGAUGCUGUCAGUGUUGUAAGGACACAGUUUUGUGGAGGACUGGGUGCAGUAGUAUUCAGAACCAAAAAUAUGUCUCUGUGAAAAGGAAAUCAUAACUGGAAUUGUCUGAUAUUUUUUAACAAAAAUUCAGAACCUCAGCAUUCGGUGGAGGCUUUUGUCCUUCACGGGAGCAGUUGAGAGGUGACCUUGGUAGCCACCAUGGUCAGAGACCACACAGGCAUUGUGGGUAGGUGGGCUCCAGUUUUCCUUAAUGAGUCGCGAACGCUGUGCGUUCGUCAGAACGAAGUCUACAAGUCAAUGGGUUUUUUUCUUUUUAUAUAAUAAUUAUAUAACUUAUGCAUUUAUACACUACGAGUUGACCUCGGCCAGCCAAAGACACACCACACACACACACACACACACACACACACAUACACACACACAAGAGACAAUCAAAACAUAUGAUGUGGCCUUGAAUUUUAACUCUGUAAUGCUUAAUGUUUACAAUAUGAAGUUAACUAGUUCUUAGAAUGCAGAAUGUAUGUUAAUAAAAUGAGCUUGGCCUCUCACGGCGAACCAGAA